UCUAAGUCAAUAAUUAAUUCUAAGUAUAUCAGAAGAAAAUUACAAAGCUAGAUCAAGAUGUUUAGGUAUUUUGUUGAGAGGAUGCAAAAGGGUCUUUCACUGUUUGGACCAAGGAGGCCUGCAUUUAGCUACUUCAGUGAAGAUUGUGCAACAACUGAUGAUGUUAUGGAAGGAUACUUUGUUGUUCUUGCAAUCAAGGGUCAAGAAACCAAAAGGUUUAUUGUUAGUUUGGAGUACUUGACUGAUCCUGCAUUCUUGGAACUUCUGGAUGAAGCUCGGGAAGAGUAUGGUUUCACACAGCAAGGAGCACUUGCACUACCUUGUCGACCUCAAGAGUUACAGAAGAUUCUAGAUGCUCCAAAAGCUAAGAGUGGGGAAUAUCAAAGACGAUGCAAGGAAUACUGGUCCAUAUCCGCGUGUAGAUCCAACUACUAGCUAGGAAACAGAAUCAAAUUAUGUGUUACUUUUGUGUGCCCCUAAUAAAUUAAAACUCCUGUUCUUUCAACACAAUGCAUUAAUAAAAAAGACUAACAAUUAAUUUAGUAUUU